UCCAAAAUCAUGAGGUUCGUUUUGCCUCAAUUGCUUUAAUAAAGGCAAAUGACUCAGAGUUCCAUUUUUUCACCCAUUUGCUUCGGCGUUUUGUGGUCAUAGAGUAAAAAGUAUUUGUCAGAAGAUGUAUAUCAGUCAUACCGAAACACAAUGCAACUUUUUUCUUAUUUGUAUUUCUGCUAAACAUUUUGUCACCAACAACUAUACAUAUGGCACCAACAACCGGAAAGACAUCACUAAAAACUUGUAUCAAGACUGAAUUCCACAGUUUUGGCAAAGUCGGCAGACAAGUUGAAAUAUUUUGCCACUAACUAACAGUUUUGUCUGCAACAGAUUAAAUACGUCAGAGUUGUCUGCGGACAUAUCUUGUCAAGUUAGUGGAGUAACAAAGAAGUUUGUCACAUGCCGAAUCCGCGAAAGACGGCAGACUAAAACCGUGCUGGAUAAAGCCUCAGACAAACCUCUGUGUGUAUGGCGGGCUAAUAAGAUGUCAGUUUUGACGUUACGUCAUUCGAAACAGGAACUUAUGAAAAUUGUUUCCCACUUAUCUUUCGUUUAUAUCUUAUUGAUCAGAAUCAUCAAACGGCCUUUAAUUAUUGAAAACAUGAAUUCAAGAUACAGUGACAUAAAAUGUGAUAAUGUGCUAAGGUAAAAAUGAGAUGAAUCCUACAUACAUAGGAGCAGCUGUCUCUAGACACUUUUAUAGUGUCAAUCUUGUUUGAACUAGACUGGACCUGUAUGUAGUAGUAUGUCAUUAGUCAUGUAAUUUGUUAUGUUUGUUAGAUUUAUGGACUACAAUGUUGACAAUAAAUUUGUGAUUAAACAAAUUGAAUAAAAGUGUUACGAAUGGUGAAUAUUUAUUGAGAUGGCUUAUGUUAAUGUAAAAGAUUGGUCUGUUGACCAAGUAACAGACUGGCUGAAAGGUUUGGACAAUGUAAUACUACAAUACAAUUCAUCAUUUCUGAAUAAUGGUGUCACAGGACACCAGUUACUGAAUUUAAGGGCAGACGACCUGGAACAUUUGGGGGUCAAAAUGUUGGGUCAUCAGGAAAUAAUACUAGAAGCUGUAGAACAUUUGCGAAAUUUUCAUUUUGAAUUAGAUAAAGAGAAUUUACAAACUUUGGCUUUGAAGCUAUCAUGUGCUGCAAACUCUUUGUACAAGGAACUAUUACUGGUGGAUGAUGACUGUUCAGUGAUACAGACUCAAGUAAUGUCAGAUGUCCAUAACAUUAUAACUACUAUAAAACCACUUGUAUAUUGGCUCGACAGAUCACCUUUCGCUGGUGAUAAAGAUUAUAUUGAUAACAAAAUGAACCUACUGCAGUUAGGUUUCGAAAUGGCCACCAGUGCACACAGAGGAAUAUUUUCAGAAAAACCAGUUUGCAUCAUAAGAAAAAUUUGCGAGAAACUGACAAAAAUUGCUGAUUACAUCAUUCAAGAAAUGAUGGACCCAAUGAUUUUGCAACCAGCGUCUUUAGAUUUAGCUACUCUCAAGAAAAAAGAACAAGAACUGGGAUUUUUUAUUUUGCCCAAUAAUCAUGCUAUUCAUCAAAUAGCAGAUAUCAAACAUGGCUCACCUGCACAUGGUAGUUCAAAAAUAGAGGAAGGUGAUGAAAUCGUACAAGUAAAUUAUCAGACCGUUGUUGGCUGGCAAAGAAAAAAAGUUGUGAUGCUUCUUCAAGAGUCUCCUAAUGAGAUAGUGCUAACCCUAAAAAAACGACCAAGGCAUACAAAGGUUUAUGGACAGAUAUAUAUGAAGCCCUACCGCUUACCCAGUAGAAAACGAAGUGGUCAGAAUUGGUCGUCCAGAUGGAAUGAGAACAUUCCAUCUCCUAGGUUGUUGCCAAUAAUAGACUUGCCACCUAUCACAAUACCAAAAGUUAACAAUGCUGUUGAAAUACCUGAUGCCGAAACAGAGCUUACCAGUAGCGAUAGUGAGCCCCCAGAUAGUCCAUUGGAUGCAAAUUGUCGAAUGUAUCCUCUCAAACCUAGACCAAUAUUACAAAGGCGUAACACCAUAACGGGAGCUACUCCAACUAAUAAGAGACCAUAUCCAUCCAUUGAACAGUACUGGGAAUUCAUGAAAUCUCGUAAAAACACCGCUCACGCAAGUUCGUACGAAAUCGACGGCUCAAAGUUUGAAGAGGAUUCAAAAUUUUUGCGAGAUAAAAGCGCUUCUUGCAACGUCGCUCUUGACUUGAGUCCAAGACCAACAACUGUACUUGGUAUCACUCAUUCUAAUAGUUCUGCACAGAGGAAAAAUGCGAAAGACAAAAACAUAAAGAAAAAAGUUAAUUUUCAAGAAGAAUGUGAUAUUGUUAAAGGCAAAAAUGACAAAGAUGAAGAAAUUGUCAUAAAAAAUGAACCUUCGAAUCUGGACGAGGAAAAGAGCGUUAGUAUAAUAAGUUUGACAAGCUUGAAUAAUGAAAACAUAACAUAUAUCGACGAAGGAAGAGAGCUUACAGAUCGUACGAGUAUGGCUCAAGACUGGAAGAAGGAAAUUGUCGAAGAGAUAAUAGAUACAAUUAAAAUGAAAACUAUUCUCGAAGAAAAGCCUUCUAAGUUGGAAGAGAAAAGCUCUCCGGUGGUAAAAGAAGUAGCUCUUCCUGUAAAGGUUGAUAAAACCAACAGCAUUGUUAUAAAAGACCCGAUUCUGUCUGAAAUCAACAUACACAAUAUAAUUAGAAAGUUUGAUGAACAAAAACAGGAGGUAACAGUAAAACCGAGAGUCUUGCCAAGAGUAACGGUAAAAAAACCACCUGAAGUUCCUACGAAACCUGAAGGUAGGGUGAAACCAGUUGUACCUCCAAGAAGUGCCACUACGAAACUGAGAGGUAAGCUGGACAAAAGUCAUAGCACACCAGCCUACGAUCUUACAGAAGAGCCCAUUGAGAAAACUGAGAACUUGGGAAUUUCCCCUCUACCAGAAAAACCAAAGGAAAUUCUGAAGGAAAACACUAUCAUUCCCCAACCGGAAGCGGUUUGCGAAUUAAGGCCUUCCGCUGCUCCAGAAAGUUCGCUAGUACAGAAAGUAGAAAUUGUUGAUGCAGAAGUGCCUGUUACAGAAGUCCACACAAUUGAAGUCCCACCAAAACCACCACCAAGAAACGUUUUGGAUAUACCAAAACCCAUUUAUCCAGUGGAUUCACCAAAGCCUGUGUUUGCUGAAAUUUCCAAAGGUAGUCGAUCCGAAACUGUCUCAGUGAAACCUGUAUUCGAUUUCUCUGAAUCCAAACAAAUUGAGUCAAUUUCUACCGAAACAUUAGCCCCGGAACCAAUUCUCAAAAACGUGCCAGACGACUUACUUACUCCGAAAUGCUUCGAACCCAAAAUGGUUUCCACGCCAGUAACUAAAAAUAAAAUGGAUUUCGAGGGUGACUUCAGUUCAAAACAUUUGGAACCUAAAUCAGUUUCCACUCCAGUUCCGAAAAGUAAAAUUGAUGUGGACACUGAUCUGGUCGUUCAUAAAGCAGUACCAAGCUAUGAAAUACAGAAAGGAACUGGAGACUCGAAAGUUUCGCCCACAAAUUCUAUAGUGAAGGCAAUGAUUUCAAGUAAAUGCAAGGCGAAAAAGAAGAACACUCUGACAGCAAAGAGAAGGAAAGUUACAGUUAAUGAUCUUAGUCCCGCUGACAUCCAAGGUUAUCUGUACCAGAGAUUGAGAGGGAAGCAUAAUCAAAACGUCCAUUGGGAAAAAAGAUGGUUCGUAUUAUUGGGCAAUUGUUUGUACGGCUUCAGAACCAAGGAAUGUCCUAAAGCAGCCUGUCUUAUCUUUCUAUCUGGAUUUACAGUAGCUGUUGCCAGUGAGGUCAAGUCAAGGUCAAAUGCCUUCAAGGUUUACCAUACGGGCACAGUGUUUUAUUUUUCAGCAGAUGAUCCGGAUGCUUUACAAUCCUGGAUUGAUUUGAUAAGAACUGCGACCCUACACAAUGAAUCACAUAAAAGCCAGGAUCCUAGUUUGUAUUCUGAAACUGAUGAAUCUGACACUGAAAAACCCAAGCAAGAAGAAAAAUCUGAUUCUUUGAAAAAGUUUGGAUCACUGAAGAAGUUCACUUCAAAAAAGUCUUCGGCAGAAUCGUCACCCAGUGGGAGUACUAGUUUGGAUAGAAAGUGGUUUUUCAACAAAUCCAGCAACCAACCGAAACAUUCACUUCCUGUUCCAACAUCUCAGUUCAGAUCAUACAGGAAAAUUCGUACCACUGAAGCACAGUCGAGCAUUACUACUGGUAAUUUUACCUCGCAUGUCCCCAUGUUCACACCUCAGAACCUGUCAUAUUCACAAAACGUCAGCGUUCCUAACUUGACUGUAGAAGUCGUAAAACCAGAGCAGCCACAGCAAUAUUCCAAAAAUAAAACUAAGCCUAUAAAUUAUAUUCAUGCCAGUAAUCCCAGUUUAUGUAACCUCACAGACUUUAGUGUACCUGGUUUCACCAAAAGUCAGUUCAAACCUCCCACUGAAAAUUUAGCUGGUUUUGUGACUCUCGAAGAGCUGAUGAUCAGGCAAACGGAAGAAAGGAAAAUGAAUCCGCACCAUAUUGUGGAAGAGGUUUCCAAGAAAUUGCAGAUGGUUAAGCCUGAAGUUGUUUAUGGAGAAGUUCCAAUCCGUCCAAAAGAUAGUGAAGAAGAAGCUGAGAGUAAGCCCUCUAGUACUCCGAAAACAAGAGUAACAGCCUCGACUGAAAAACACGACAGCAGUAGCUCAUGCUUUGGAAAGCGUCUGGGUUCCCUCAAAAAAAAUCAAAAGUCUGACGAUUUUGAUAAUAACAAAACUGCUACAUAUCCAAAAGCCAAUAAAGGCUAUGAGCAAAAAGUGAACCGAUCCCUUCCUAGGACUCACAAAAUUCAGGGAACAUAUUUAAAAACUGAGUCAGCUGUAGCUGCACCAUAUAUGUCAGAUGGAAAUGUAUCGGCACCUUCCAAAGAAAGAUCCUAUGAAAUGAUAUACUGUCCAGAAACUGUGAACGACGUUCAGUUUGCUAUGAACCGAGCUCUUGAUGAUACCAUGUACCACGACACGCCGAAGAAGGGACAUAAAAUCAAGAAACAGCACAGCUUUUCGGCAGCAGAUAAAAAAUCAAAAUACACAAAUAAAGUGCACGAUGCAGCAUCUACAAAAGUCAAGUUGAAAUCUGCUGUUCAGUAUACUCCCAUGCUUCUCCCUUCAAGCCAAGAUCCAAACUCCAAACCCAAAUUUGCCUUCGAACUUAACCUCGAUGAGAAAUCGCAAAAAGGUGGCAAAUUGAAACAAAUGUUUGGAGGGGGGAAGUCUGAAAGUAAAAAAGAAAAAACCUUUUUAGGAUCACCCAAAUUGCACAGAGCUAUUUUCAAGAAGCACAAUUCCGGUUCUGACUUGAGUUGGCCCUCUAGCGCCACAUCUUCAACACCACAAAUAUCAAUAUCGCAGAGCUCCUACUCUUUGGAAAAUUCCUCUCCAGUGAUUACUGAACCCUUUUCGAUGAACAUCAGCCCACACACAGACUAUCCUGGCUUGGAAUAUCCUCCAGUUUUUGAAGCAGAAACUUAUUCUUUGGCGAAUCCUCAGAGCAAUCUCAGCAUAUUACGAAAACAGGGAAAGAAUGACUCACCAUAGGUUUGAUUACAGUUAUAUUCCAGAUAUUUUUGGUAGAUGAGUCAUAAAUGUGAUAUUUGAGAGAUGUCUGUUUUUGUAAAACAAAUCUGACGAUUCAAAACACUUUAUUGGGAGAUUUUCACUGCAUAGUUUACAAAAACUGCAAUAUGUGUUUCACAAUGCAAUAGCUUCCUCAGGCUGUUCAGAAACUACCACAAAUGAUUAUUCAAAGUUUUCUCAAUCGGCACAGCUUUAUCGAGUGUAGGAAUACUUUCUUGACAGUAUAUUUAUAAUUAUUAUUCAAUGAGGUCAUUUUGUCUAGAUAAAUGAAAUAUUAUGACUUUGUUUGCCAACUUGCUCUAUUACUCUCACAAAGUUGAGGAUUAACGGGGUCUCACAUUUUAAUGUGAUAUUUCCACUGAUUUCUCUUGAGAAAUUAUUUUUUAUGGUGAAACUGACGAUUAAUAUAGUGCAGUAAAAGUUCACAUGUCUGUCUAUUGGUUUGGAGCUUGCUGUUAUUUGCCUAAUUGUGAUAACGUGAAAAUAGUAUUUUUUCUGUUUUGAAAAUUCGAUUUAAGUUUUAUUUCUAUGUAGUUACUUUGUGCAUAGUUGUUUGUCAGAAUUUAUGAUAUGGAAAGUCACGAUAAUCACUUUUUAUUCGGUAACAACCAUCUACAAAGCAGUUUACGUUAAUCAUUUCUGACACUGUCUUUUACUCAAAUCAAAAAAAUUCAGAUAAUGAAUAGUUAAAAUGAAGUACUUUCACGAAAAUAAAGCAUUAUGAUCUGUAAAAGACAGAACUGUUUUUCCUUAUGACUCAGUUUCAGACUUAUCUGAAUGAUGAGCUUCCCAUUGUCAUUAUUAGUCGCAUUUUCUGGGUAGGCUAUGAACUCCGUUAGCGACUUUGGGAAGCAUUAUGGCUAUUAACAGUCCCGCCAGUGUUGUAACAUAGCGAAUUGAACCCACCUUCAAAUAUUCUGUUUCUCACACUAUAAAUGGUGGUAGACAAUCUGAAAUUCUCUUAUAUUCUCAAACCAAUGGUCUCUCUGUAAUUUGGAUGUGAUAACUAGGUCUAGUUGCAACUUUAAUAAUUCUUUGUAAAUAUUAAAGUUAUGUUGGUAAAAAAGAACAGAUAUUUUUCAAAUGUUGCAUAUUUUGCUUUUGCUACCCAUCAUUUGGCUACCAGUUCAGUCUUUUUAAACAUUUGUUUUCAACUCAAAACAAAUAUGAAGAUCCAGCAAUCACCAUUAUAAUCAAAGUUUGAAUCAGAAUGGGCAGAGUUAUCUUUGUUUUAAAUAUCACAGAAGUGG